AUGGCGCUCAUGUUCCAGCUCUCGGUGGGCGACGUCGUCGUGGACCUCUUCGGCGACGACGCGGCCAAGUCGGUCUGCGCGAACCUCGUGCGCCUCUGCGAGGCCAAGUACUACCACGGCUGCCUGUUCUACAACGUCCAGCCCAACUGCCUGGCCCAGGCCGGCGACCCGACGGCGAGCGGCCGCGGCGGCUGCGCCUUCGGCGCGCACGUCGCCGGAGCGGGCGACGCCGCGGCGCCGCGCGACCGCUUCGUGGCCUGGGGCCCGAGCCGCGGACAACCGCGGCGGCCGCACGACCGCGCGGGCCUGCUCUGCGCGGCGGCCAUGGGCAGCGCCGGCGGCGCGAGCGGCGAGGACAAGUUCUACGGGUCCCAGUUCUUCUUCACGCUGCGCGGCGACGACCUCGAGCACCUCGACGCGGGCGGCCACGUGCCCGUCGGCGAGGUCGCCGAGGGCAUGGACGUGCUCCAGAAGCUCGGCGCGCUCUACCUCGACGGCAACGGGCGGCCCUGGGAGGACGUGCGCGUGCUCCACACGCACGUCCUCGAGGACCCCUUCGAACACUCGUUCCCGCCGCCGCCGGACUACCGGCCGCCGCCGUCGCCGACGCGCGAGAUCCCGGAACGCGAGGUCCUCACGGCGCGCGUCGCCUACGGCGCGGCGUCGCGCGAGCCCGAGGACGGCCUGACGCCCGGCGAGCGCGCGGCGCGCGACGCGGAGAAGAAGGCCAAGUCCCAGGCCGAGGUGCUCGAGAUGAUCGGCGACCUGCCGCACGCGGACGUGGAAGUUCCCAAGACGGAGCUCUUCAUCGCCAAGCUCAACAAGGUCACGGAGGACGCGGACCUCGAGAUCAUCUUCAGCCGCUUCGGCAAGAUCGAGUCCUGCGACAUCGUGAGGGACUGGAAGACGGGCGACAGCCUCAACUUCGCGUUCAUCGCCUUUGAAGAGGAGAAGGCCUGCGUCGAGGCCUACAAGAAGAUGAACAACGUGCUCAUCGACGACUCGCGCAUCCGCGUCGACUUCUCCCAGUCCGUGGCGAAGAUCUGGAGCCGCUACACGAUGCAGUACAAGGGCGGCGCGGCGAAGAAGCUCCGGGACCGGCACAAGGCGGCGAACGCGCCCGCGGAGGACCCGGGCCACUACGGGCCCGGCGACUUUGGGCGGAGCCAGCUCGACGCGCGCGACGCGCGCCGCGCCGCGCCGCCGCGGGACCGGCGCGACGGCCGGAGCUCCGAGCCGCCCCGCCGCGACGACCGGACCCACGGCCGCGACGCGCGCGGCCGCGACGCGCCGUCGCGGGACCGGCGCGACGACCGGACCUACGACCGGAGCCGCUGGUCCCGGAGCCGGAGCCGCGACCGGAGCCGCCGCUAG